AUGUACUUCCUGCGGCAGCUCAGGAAAGCCAAGCUGCAGUUCUACACGGCCAUCAUCGAGUCCAUCCUCACCUCCUCCAUCACCUCCUCCAUCACCUCCUCCACCACCUCCUCCAUCACCUCCAUCACCUCCUCCACCACCUCCUCAUCACCUCCUCCAUCACCUCCUCCAUCACCUCCUCCAUCACCUCCUCAUCACCUCCUCCAUCACCUCCUCAUCACCUCCUCAUCACCUCCUCCAUCACCUCCUCCAUCACCUCCUCCAUCACCUCCUCAGCACCUCCUCCAUCACCUCCUCAUCACCUCCUCCAUCACCUCCUCCAUCACCUCCUCCAUCACCUCCUCCAUCACCUCCUCCAUGACCUCCUCCAUCACCUCCUCAUCACCUCCUCCAUCACCUCCUCAGCACCUCCUCCAUCACCUCCUCCAUCACCUCCUCCAUCACCUCCUCCAUCACCUCCUCCAUGACCUCCUCCAUGACCUCCUCAUCACCUCCUCCAUCACCUCCUCCAUCACCUCCUCAGCACCUCCUCCAUCACCUCCUCCAUCACCUCCUCCAUCACUUCCUCCAUCACUUCCUCCAUCACCUCCUCUAUCACCUCCUCCAUCACCUCCUCCAUCACCUCCUCAUCACCUCCUCCAUCACCUCCUCAUCACCUCCUCCAUCACCUCCUCAGCACCUCCUCCAUCACCUCCUCCAUCACCUCCUCAUCACCUCCUCCAUCACCUCCUCCAUCACCUCCUCAUCACCUCCUCAUCACCUCCUCCAUCACCUCCUCCAUCACCUCCUCAUCACCUCCUCAUCACCUCCUCCAUCACCUCCUCCAUCACCUCCUCAGCACCUCCUCCAUCACCUCCUCCAUGA